AUGAACAUGAGAACCUUACUGAUGGCAAGUCUUGUGCCAGCUUCAGUGGUGGGCAUGUUUUGGGGAUUGUCAAAAUUAAAACAUGCCGGAAAUGAUUGGAUGGAAAAGAAAGCGAGAGAGGAUCCGUUGUUUGCUAUCUUUAAGGAAAACAAGGAAAGAGUGGAUGCUGGAUUACCACCGCUACGACCAGAAGAGGUGCCACAAGACAUUCAAAAAAUAUAUCGAAAUUAUUUUGACAAGGAAUUUCAAAGAUACGAACGAAAUAAGUUUGCACAAGAGGAUGAAGAAUAG